AAAAGAAGCAACGCAAAGAAGAGAUUGUGGAACAGAAAACUCAACCUAUUUAAAAUAGCUGACGAAUCAGAAUUUCGGCACUAAAACAGCUCGACUCUCAAUAAAUCAACAACGCUAUGGUUAACAAAGAAAAUGUGAUUAGUUGUUGCCAGCAGGUGAAGUGGAUCGGUAGCCACGACCCCAGCAAGUUUGUGAAAAAUCUUGAGCACAAAAACGUGUACUUCUAUGAAAAGUGCAUUUACGGGCCAUUGACACUAACAGUGGGAGAAUACAUAUUGGUGUCCAAUGCAGAUGCGGCAGAACCAGAUACGGUGGAUGGUUGCGAUGUCGCCAAGAUCCUUUAUCUGUACGAGCUUCGAGAAAUGACCCACAAAGAGCCCUGCCGAGCCAUCGUCCAGUGGUACUCUCGUCCAAGCGCCAUUCCGCAUAAGGAGUUUGAUGCAGACGAUAUUGCCGUUGACUUCAACCUGGAAGUGAUCGAAGAGCAUCGUCCCUACGACAACGACGUGGCCUUGGGAGCCAUUUACCGAAAGUGUCUGGUACUGGAAAGCACAUCACAACUCUCUGCCGAGCAGAUAGUGCAACGCGCUUCAGUUAAACUGAAAUCUUCUGACUACCCCAUGUUUGUAAGCCGAUACAAGUUCAUCAAGGUGAAGAAGCUUUAUCGCCUGAUACCCCUGGAGAUACAGCUGGACGAGCCCGAUGACAAAUCAUCAUCCCGAUCACGGAAAUCGCUAUCAAACCGUAAUGAACCCAAAUCAGGUUCAGCCUCAGCGCGAAAAGCUAAGAUGUUGGCUGUUGCUGGUGAGGCACCUACCACGGAGAAACGAAGGCGGGCUUCCAUGGCCGCGGCCAGUUCGCUGGAGUUUGUGGAUGUCAACUACUUCAACUGCGAGAACAAAGUGUCGCCCAUCAAGAUAGUAGGGGGUCGCAGCGUGGUGCGGCUUUCGGAGAAGAAAAAGAGCUCUUCCAGAGCUGAGGCAGAGGUUAAUGCCAACUAUCUGACGGCUUCCCCGCUGACAGAAAAGAACGCCAAAGUGGACACGCCCAAGUCCAGGGCGUCGGCUGCACGCCGUAACCUGAAUCUGAGUUUGGACAGAGGCGCAGACAGCACAGCGGACUCGGACUGUCUGAAUUAUUCAAUAGUGCAGCAGACGCCGGACCCAAAGACACCCUCAAAUGAUAUGAAAAUUAAACUGCGCAUCUCAGAGCGAAGAAAGUCUGUGCGCCUUGCUUCGAUAGAUCACGAUCCCCUAGCCGUUGACGAUCCCAAAGACACACCUACCACACAGGGACGCAAGCGACUUGGUGUCAACAAUGGGGACAUUUAUCACACUCCCACUAAGAAAGCGAGGGAGCCGCUGGACAUCAAUACCGGUGCCCAGGAGACUCCCUCGACGCGACGGAAGAGCAUCCUUAAGUCGGCCACUAGUCGACUGGCUGAGGGCACACCCAGAAGAAGCAUCCAACUAUCCAACAUUGUGGAGCAGCGUGUGUUCAAAGACAAUGAAAUAAUAUCGACACCUAAAAGAGGGCGCAAAACGAAGUCCAUUGAGGACGCGGACGCAGACUACUCGCCAAGAUCUGUUCAGAAAACGCCCACUCGAGCUCGACGCACAAGCGCCACUGCCAAGUCAACAGUGACCCCGAUUCGUGGCACCGCUGCAACUUCAGCUUCAGCUGCACCGAUAACUCCUUCACAAAAGCUGAAGAAAAUACGCGCCGGCGAGCUCAGUCCUAGCAUGCAGCAGCGAUCGGGCAAGCCCGUGGAUGAAUCUCGCAAGUCCCAGUUGCAACUGGCACGUGAGCAGCUACACGUCUCCGUUGUGCCCAAGAGCCUGCCGUGUCGCGAAAAGGAGUUCGAGAACAUCUACAGUUUUCUGGAGGGCAAGAUUCAGGACCAGUGCGGUGGCUGUAUGUAUGUAUCUGGCGUCCCUGGCACUGGUAAGACUGCCACUGUCACAGGAGUCAUUCGCACACUUCAACGCCUAGUCAGCCAGGACAAGCUAGCCGACUUUGAUUUUCUGGAGAUUAACGGAAUGCGCCUGACCGAGCCGCGCCAGGCCUACGUCCAGAUAUACAAACAGCUCACUGGCAAGACCGUGUCUUGGGAGCAUGCUCACACGCUGCUGGAGAAGCGUUUCACCACGCCAGCACCGAGGCGCGUGACCACAGUUCUGCUAGUAGAUGAACUGGACAUAUUGUGCAACAGGCGCCAGGAUGUGGUCUACAAUCUGCUCGAUUGGCCGACCAAAUCAGCUGCCAGACUGGUUGUGGUCACAAUAGCCAACACAAUGGAUCUCCCUGAACGUCUGCUAAUGGGCAAAGUAACAUCCCGUCUGGGCCUCACUCGCCUCACGUUCCAGCCAUAUACUCACAAGCAGCUGCAGGAAAUCGUCACCGCCCGCCUGGGCGGGUCGGAGGCGUUUAAGGGGGAGGCUGUCCAACUGGUGGCGCGCAAGGUGGCCGCUGUGUCGGGUGAUGCUCGUCGUGCGCUGGAUAUUUGCCGUCGGGCCACGGAAAUAGCUGACACUGCUCGUGAUAAGUGUGUGACAAUGCUGCACGUGCAGCAGGCGCUUGGCGAGAUGAUAGCGAGCGCAAAGGUACAGGCCAUAAAGAACUGUUCGCGACUGGAACAGAUCUUCUUGCAAGCUGUGGCUGCUGAGGUCACACGCACUGGUGUCGAGGAAUCCACCUUCAUGGGUGUGUACACCCAGGUGGAGACAAUUGCGGCGUUCAUGGGAGUCUCCCUGCCACCGCCAGGACGAGCCUUGCGGCUCUGCGCCAAGCUGGGGGCCGAGCGCCUCAUCAUAAGCGAGCACUCGCGCAACGAUCUCUUUCAGAAAAUUCUGCUGAACGUCAGCGCUGACGAUAUCCACUAUGCCCUCCGUGUGGGAGAGAUUGCGGCUGCCAACUGAUUAUCAUUCAUAUUACUUAAUAGACAAUUUCAUAGCUCACUAUCCAUCCACAUGUUUUCUUACGUUAAGCGUUUUAA